AUGGCCGACGUGUUGGUGAACCCCAUCUAUUUCGAGCUCGGCUGGUCCAUUCUCAGCACCAUCUGCCUCACCAACGUGCUCUUUGGCAUUCUGGUCGUCGGUAUCACCAGCUUCACGCAGGUCGCCAGCGUACCCAUCAUCACCUCCGUGGCCGGUGCCAUCGCCAACGGGCUGUGCUUCUUCGCCUUUUACGACUAUGAAAACAGAUAUUCCACCACCUCCAAGGCCGCCGCCUCGGCCGUAGCAGACAUUGCCUGGAUGGUCCAAGAAGCUGGUCUGUCCUUUUACAGCUUCAUGAUUCUCCAGCGUGUCCUCCGCAACGUUCAAUGGCGCAUCUUCAUGUCCCUCUUUUGGACCAUGAUUGUCGGCAUCGUCGGCAUCCGCGUGGCCAUCGCCGUCACCCGCAUCCGCCUCAUCCUCAGCGGGACGGAAGAACUCCAGGGCCUCGUCAACCACUUGCACAUCGGCUACUUUGUCCUCAUCGCCCUCCUCGAAUGCCUAAGCGCCUAUUUCCUCCUCACCAUCUUCGCCGGUGCCCGCCGCACCUCGCUCCAGGCUGCCAUCAAGACCAACCUGUUCCAGUAUCUCAUGCGCAGCACCGAAAUCCGUCUCGCCCUGCUCGCCGUACUGGGCACCAUGCGCGCCGUCACCUACUCCUUCCAGGCCAGCGCGCAGAGCGCCACCAACAUCGCGAGCCAGCUUGAUCGGUUUGCUUAUACCCUCGAGUGCAUGUUCCCCAUCAUGAUGUUCAUCGACAUCCUAGCUUCUAAACUCGUCCGCACCGAGCACGAGACUUCCUCCCGAAGCCGUGGCUUGGGUCCUCGCUCUCAGGGCCGCCAGUUCACAGUCACGCGCAAGGACGAGCACGGAGAGCACGUUAUCGAGGAAAGAAUCAUCGAGGAGGGCUCUUCGGCAUCGACCGAUAUUGGCCUCGAGAAUAUGAACCCGGCUAGGAUAGGCAUCAGCAAGACGGUCGAGUUCAAGGUGUACCAGGACUAA